CCCAAGUUUCUUCAGCUCGUGCGUCGAGUCGAAUUUUUUUUUGGUCUUGGUGGGCAGCUGGCGACAGCUGGCAAACCUGGCAGUGAGCAUGACUUGUUCCAUUUUCUUCCAUUUUUUAAACACUCAUCUUUUGCUCUUCUCUACAUCACCGACGUUUUCCUCUCAUCACCCAACAGCCACUCAACUACGAGCGCUCUGCGCCGGCUGUGCCUUGGAAAAACUAGCACAGCCUUUCCAUACCGUGCUAGCCCGCUGAGGGGCUUGAUCUUCCUGCCAGCCCGGGCGGCCUUCCAGGUCCAGUUAGCGCCACGAAAAGCAUCGACCACCGUCCCGACUUUUCCUACGUCGCCCGCUUCACCGAUCCUUCAGACCUGACAUCACGCUGUCAUUGGUGGGAACCCAAGAGCAGAUAGCAGAUUAUAAUCGCUCGCAGCCCUCUUCUGCAUCCCACCCCUCGUCUGCAACGUUUUACUGCUGCCGUAGCAUUCUGCGUGCUCUACUUUCGCGAGUGCCUGCGCAUUUCCUCUUUAUUUUCUUCCGCACGCUUACCUUAUAGCUGCUCAACCAACCCAACACCAGUCUGACUUUUUUAGCACGGACUCCGCCACAACGAGCCCCAGCCGAGUCCUUCUCUCUCAACGACCAACCCCCCCGCGACCGACGAGAUAUCCUCAUGUCAGACGCGGAGGCAGAGAUUCAGGCAACCGCUGCCAUUUCUCCGGUGUCUCCCACACCUUCGCAUGCUGCCGCGUCCCAGGCCGUUCCCGUGCUGCAGGACGCUGUAGAAGCGAUGACAGCGGAUGCCGCUGCUGAAGAACCAACGGUUGAUGCCGCAAAUGUCUCUGCUUCCGAACACAGCGACGUCGUAGAUGACGACAGCUUUAACGAAGCCUACGAAGCCGAAGAGAAUGCCGUAGUGGAAGAUGCAACGGCUGACAACACCAAUCCUGAUGAAGAAAUCGACGACUAUGCGAAAACCUUCGAUUCCCCCAUCGGUUCUCAUGAAGGAGAUGCCAUGACUGAUGAUGUACAUUCCUCGGAGCCUUUGACCGUCCUAGGUGACAUAAAACAGGCAUCGGCAGUGACCUCAGGUACAGCCACGCCGACUGUCCAAUCUUCCACUUCCCAACUUCCCCUCCAAACCCAGGCUGCCUCCACUGCCCAAACAAAUGCCCAACCAGCAGAGGCGCCCGCACCCGUGUCUGCAACCCAACAACCAGCCCAAGAUACCCACCAAGAUGAAAACCUAGACAUCGGACAGCUCGUGGCCGACCUGACAGCUCAGUCCUCUGAACCUAGUGCUGACAAGAACCCAACCGCCCCCCAUGAAUCAUCCGUCCAAGGAUCUGGUGCCAUCUCCUCUUCUGCUUCUUCUUCAUCGCUGCCACCGAGACCUCCAGCGCCACAACUUGCGACCCAGACGUAUCCUGCCCAACACCAUCUUCCACCAGCUCCAGGGACGAGCAACUCUCCUACAUAUCCCAAUGGUGGAUCACCUCAAGCGCCCCUUAGCGCUUCCGGCACAAGCCCAUCUCACACUCCAACCCAGCGACAUGCACCGCGCUUUCCAAGUAAUUCGGCCCCCUCUAGUGACUAUCAGCGCCAGUGGGACCAAUUCAUGGUAGAUGAGAGGCAGUACAUGUCGGAAGCAAAAUGGGACCGAUUCCCAGAAGGCUCCCGUAUCUUUAUUGGUAACCUCUCUAGUGAUAAGGUAUCGAAACGUGAUGUCUUUGAGCUGUUCCAUCAAUAUGGUAGACUUGCCCAGAUCUCACUGAAGCCAGCCUAUGGAUUCGUACAAUAUCAUACUGUUGAAGAGGGAUCCCGAGCCAUUGAAAACUUGCAAGACUUUGAAGUUCAAGGUCGCCGCAUUCAUCUUGAAAUCUCGAAGCUACAAGACAAGACCAAAAAAGACCGCAACGACUCAGAUAAGAGCCGAGGUGGCAAACGAGGUGAACGUGGCGAACGUGGCGAACGCGGAGACCGUGGACGGGAUGACUACCGAUCUGGCCGAAAUCAAUCACCACGCCGAAACGAUCGCGGCCGAGACGACGGAUAUGGGCGGGAUAGAGGGUUCAGUGACAGUCGUCGCAACCGUUCAAGAUCUCCCGGCUACGGCGGUCGCCACGAUAAAGAUUCGUACCGUCGACGCAGCCCCAGUCCAUACGGCCGAUCCCGCAAUGACGAUGAAAUGGACCUACCUAGGCGGUACGGCCCAGAUGUUCCUGACUUGCAGUUUAUUUUGCAGCAAGAGGUGGACCGCAAUUUCGUGUCCUGGGUUGAACAAGCAUUCAAUAGCAAGGGCUUGAAGACCGCAGUCAUGUUUCUGCAUCCUCGAUUCCCAAAGGACAAAGUGAUCCAACGGCAAGCCGCGGAGGGUGUACACGCUGUUGUUGAGCUUAACUUUCGAGCACAAAACUCGGCCAAGAUCCCACUACAGGUGUUUGACCGCUCCGCUGGCCCUGGCAACGUACGUUUCGAUAAGUACGAGGAUCUAGAUCCCGCUACGGCAGCUGAAGUUACCCUUAGGGCGAAGGCUGCCACAGUUGCUGCUCAAUAUCAUCACCAGCAGCCACCGGCGCCUGCACCCCAGUAUGGAUAUGUACAGCCCGGAUAUGGACAGCCAGCACCACCAGCAUACGUACAACGACCACCACCUGUGUAUCCUGCGCAGAAUGCGGCGCCCGCACCGAACGUUGCCGAGCUUGCUAGCAUGAUGUCCAAGAUGGAUCCAGCAUCGCUCCAUCAGCUACUAUCCGUGGUGCAAGGGACUCCAGGAAAUCAACCGCCUGCAUUUCCAGGUCAAAGUAAUGGCCAGCCUGACUUGAAUGCCAUUCUCGGCGCGCUGGGUACUGCUCCUCCUCAAGGGCCACCUCAACAAGGCGGUUACGGUCGACCAACGAACGGCGGUGGCGCUCCUUCUCAAGGCGGCGCUGAUGCGGCUCAGGUCCAGAAUAUCAUGGCGCAGCUUGCUCGCUUUAGGUGAUGGAUUUGAUGUAUUGACAUGACGUGAUGAUUCAGCCAUGAAAACUAUAGAGGUUCCCAUUGUUUUGUUACUAUUCCUUCUUCUUUUUUAAGUAAGGCGGCGAAUUUUAGACAGUUUGCUCGAUGCGUAUAUGUAGGGGGCGCAAUAACGCGCAGCAUGUUGCUUUUUGAUAUUGGCACGAAUGCACAGGAGUAUAAGAGCACACCAUUUAGCGAAUAGAAAAAUAUCCACGUUUCAAUCAUAUAUCUGGUCUGUCUAUUGAUAUCUAAUCUGUAAUGGGCUACCAUGCAAAAGUCUCGUUGUGCCACCACACGCUUCUGCCCUUCAUAACCCACGGUCGUAUAUGGCGCCUGGCAUCUUGGGCCAUACUUUCAGGACCACAGACGAUUACCGCAACGGUUUCUUCUCUGGUCAGAGUAAAUGCAUCAUCAAUGAGUUUCUGUAGAUCCGGUCUGCGACGAUUGUGCUGGGCAGUGAGGCCGCGCCUACCGUGUCGACUACUAUUCAUGGGCCGCAGUUCAAUCUCAGCGUCAUCCGCAGCGUCGGUAUGCGAUGUGGUUUGGGUACCCGAAAUAUCGCCAGUAAGGUAUAGCUGCAAUCGCGGGUCUUCCAGUAGUGACUUUUCUGUGGUUGUGACGGUCCACGUUGCUUCACCAGCGGUGCGCAUCGCCCAAAUCAUUUGUAUGCGUGCCAUGGGUAAUGCUUCGGCAAGGUGGGCAUAUAAAGGCGUGAUGAAGGUAGCACCGACACCUCCGGCAAUCAGGAGGAUGCGAUUGGCACCCGAAGCUAAUAAUGAGGGGAGAUGGUGCUUCAUGGAACCAUAUGGUCCAUCAAUGGUUAGUUGGGUAUCGCGAGUCGAUUGGCUCUCAGAAAGACGCGAUAGUGCCGUUGUCAUGGGUCCGCGGUUUGUACGAACAACAAGGACGAGCGACUGGUUCUCCUCGGUGACAGCCGCCACAGUGAAUGGGUUGAAGAGACAUUCAAAAAGCAGUGCCAGAUUGCCUCUAGCUUUCUCAAUACCACGGGCUUCUGCAGGCAGGCUGAGAUAGACGUGAGAGCCUGGAACUGCUUUGUAAGCCUCCAGUUUCUCCUUUGGCAUGUGAACAGUGAGCUUUAGCAGGUUGGUUCCGGGGAUGGCCUCGACUGUUGACUGGCGCGUGAGCCCGCUGAACCGGCGGUAACCUGCGUCUGCAAAAAAGAGGACAAGCGGGAUAAUAAGAACAUAUCGCUGAGCAUGGUGCGCGUGGAAGAAGAUCAACAUGGGGAUGGCGAAUGCAGCGACGACAUGCACAAGGAAGAAGAUUCGGUAUGAAAAGUCGCGAAUGGCGCGCAUUGUCGUCCCCAUGAGACUGCUGAAGAGGAUUGCCGCCAAAACACCCCAGAAGACAAUGGGCUCGGCUAGCUUCUUGAGCACAAUGUUUGCGUACAAAAAGUACGCCAGGUAAAACGCCAUGUGUAGCAGAACAAGACCGUACACAAUGCGCCCAAGGAGUCUGUGGUAGCGGUUAACCUCCUCGUGAGACGAAGCAAACGCAAAACCCGCCAAGUUGAACGGCUUCAGCGCAAGGAUGUACUGCAUGGGGAACUGCGAAAUGGCAAUCAUGCCAAAGCGCUUCGUCAGAUGGAAAUAGUCGGUCCCUGUCCCGAUAACCGACAAACUCAGUAGCCACACCGUCCAGAUCGACCCGAUAAGCCAAUCUCCCUUCUGGCCCCAGCUUGUACCGGCAACUUGCACAUCAUCUUGCAUCCACCAGACCAGCUUCCUCCACGAGGCUGCCAGCUUGCCCUGGGUAGUGAAGCGUUGCGCCUUGAUGGCUGGCGACGUAGGAAUCUCAGCGUACCGGCCGCCCUGCGAGUCUGGGUUGUUGCGCGCAUUAUAGUACGCGAGAAGAGCGAGGACCCCGCGCACGAGGAGGGCGGCAAUGAGCGGCGCAAAGGACGAUGCGAAUCCAAUCAGCGCAUACCUGUCGAGAGCGAGGCGGCGCAGGUGCUUGUCCUCCUUGGAAAUAGGGUCGAAGCUAUACGACCAGCCCAUGGUGGGUUGAGCGGGACCGGGGUUAUUUUUUAAUUUUGUAUUGGGGAGAUUGAGGGCGAUUGAUUCCCAGU